AUGCUAUCAUUAUGGCUUAGUGAUGAACACAAGAACGAACCGUGGUCUGUAUGGUCACAAAGAAACGAGCUGUCGAUUCGAUUAAAUCGACUUCGUUUUCCAUGCACAACUACACGUCAACCGCGAACUCUUCACAAAUUUGCGAAGUUUAAAGGCAGCGAAAUUCGACUUGUUUUACUUUUUGGCUAUGCUAUCUUUGAAAAUAUUCUUAAAUCGAAAUAUUAUUUGCAUUUACUUUUACUUGUUCUCAUAGUUCAUUAUGCAAAUUUACUAGCACAAAAAUGUUGUUAA